CACUUGGGUUCAAUGGAUUUGUGAGCUUUCAGAUGACCGGGCCCACACCGGCAAUGGCUUCACCGAACCAUGCGGCUGCAGAGCCGAACAGUGAGGACGCAGAAAUGAAGGCAAAGGCAGAGGAGAGGACAUCGAAGAAGGAGACGGAGGAGAAGCACGACGGAGAUUCAGAUGAGAAUGAAGAGGUUGAGAGGGACGAGAAAGCCAUGAAAGAGACAGAAGAGAAGGAUGAGAAGGACGCCCAGGGUGGGCACUUUGACUUCACGCGCAUCCGCGACAUGGCUGCGGAGCUGCGCAGCAUCCACGACAUUGCGGCGGAGCUGCCGAGCAUGCACGACGUGGCCGCGGAGCUGUCCACACGAGCCACGGAGCUGUCGGCCAAAGCACAGGCCACAGCCACCGAGCUCUCGGCAAAGGCGCAGGCCACAGCCACCGAGCUCUCGGCAAAGGCGCAGGCGACAGCCACCGAGCUCACGGCAAAGGCGCAGGCCACAGCCACUGAGCUCUCGGCAAAAGGACAGGCUAUGGCAACGGAGCUCUCAGCGAAGGCGCACGAACUGUCGGACUCCAUCUUUAACCACAUGUUCCGUUACGAGUCUGCAGUGGAGGCGCGGCGCCGCGCCUUGAUGCUCGUGGACGUGCUGGUGGAGCGGCACAGUGCCGGGCGCCUGAAGCGGCGCUGGGUGCUGGCGGCCACUUGCGGGUGCUUCUGCUACCUGCGCUACGUGCUGCCGGUGCUGGCCUGCUGGGGCACCCGGCGCUGGGAGCAGACCGUGGAUGCCAACGAGUUCGAGGAAACCGUAGGUGGCCACAAUUCCCAUGUCAGCUUUGCCGUGCUGGUUGUCGUCUCUUUGGGUUACCUCUCCUUGCUGCACUUCUCCUCCCGGCUCAUGGAGGCCCGAGUGCCCAUCCAGCAGAGCAUCUUCGAGACGCUGGUGGUCUACAACAUGACCCAGUUCCUCUUCAACGCCUUUGUGUCUGGGGAGCUGCUGCGUGAAGCAUGGGCGCAGGGCUUCAGAAGGCCUUGGGGCAAUGUCUUCACCUACAGCAAGGAGGGCCAUCGACUUGGCUAUUUGAUCUGGCUGCAUUACCAUGGCUGCCAACUCGAGCUCUUGGAUACGCUGUUUGUCGUAAUCCGCAAGAAGUUUCAGAAGAUCACCUUCCUUCACGUAUGGCUUCGCAUACUCAACAUGUGGGGCUGGUGGUUUGCGUGCCGCUAUGCCUGUGGUGGUGACACUUAUUUCCCUGCAGCGGUCAACUCUGCCACUCGAGCUGUUGUAUAUGCCUUUUACAGCUGGUCGCUCUUAACAGAGCGCGGAGUUCCUUUGGUGCAGAAGGCACACGUCACUGAACUCCAAAUGUUCCAGUUCGCCAUUUGCGCGUGCCAUGCGUUGUUUUGUGUCUACAAUUUCUGGAAUAUGCAGAUCCCUAGAGCCGUUUUGCUGAUUUAUUUUCUGUGUAUGAUGAAUGGGCUGAUGCUCUACACCGACUUUCACUAUCAAGAAGAAGGUAAGAGUGAGGCCAGACUGCAGCAAUCGCGGAAGGUUAGCAUAGCAUUCGACUCGAGCGGUUGGAUGUACUGCUAUCAUUUCGGUGUGGCAUCUUGGCUUCGGGAGCACAUCAUACCUGACGACAUGACCCCGGAGGCGGCUUGCACGGACGCGUACCCGGAGAACCUGAGCUUCAGCGGCUCCUCUGGCGGCGCGCUGGUGGCCACAGUGCUGGGCACGGGGCUUCAGCCGUCGGACGUCUUCGAGAUGGUCCUUCGGAAGCAGCCGGCGUGCGCCUACAACCCUUUCAAGAUGCUUCCUGCUGUGGAAGAGGUCUUGAGCGAGGCUUUGCCAGCCAAUUCUCAUCAGACCCUCUCCGGUCGCGUGCGGAUACUGCUCACGCGGGUGUCCUUCAAGUAUCCUUUCUUGACAGCUGAAGUGGUGAACACAUUCAGCAGCACAGAGGAUGUUUUUCAUGCGCUCCGGGCUUCAUGCCACGUGCCGAUUGUUGGCGGCAUGGGGCCUUACUGCUACGACAAGCACGCGUACUUCGAUGGUAUGUUCUGGCCACAAGUUCUGGUGCCCUGGAAAGGCACCGGGGCGGACUUCGUGGUGCGCGUAGCGGCGCUGCUGCGGAACCUCUCCAGCGACAUCAAGGCGCCCCUGGUGCCGGCCUGGUGGUCGAUCUUUCCACCCCAGGAAGAUGUGUUGCGAGGCCUGUAUUGGCAGGGAUACCGCGACGCCGCCCGCUGGUUUGCCAGAAAUCCGGAGGGCACGUUUGACUGCCUCUCUUGCAGGGCAUCUGCCACUCCCACUGGCCUUCGCCGGCGCCCCUCUGGCAAAGGUCGGGAGGCCAAGGAUGCGGCAGAGGAGCUGAGUGAGGAGAACCAAAAGGCCACGGCAUGGUCCACGUUGCAAAAGAUGCUGACAAAGACUCCAGCAGAAGCUCCCCUCCCUGAUGUCGAUCCGGUUACUGGCAAAUCGCCAGCAGAUUACAUCGCGAUCAUGGAGGAAGCAAUGAGGAGGCAAACCACUUUCGUUGGCCUCCUGUCAGCCUUGGCAGUACUUGGCUUAUUCUUAUGGAUUAUCUUCGGCUGGUUGUGAACGGCUUGCCGUGCAUGGUCAGCCAGCGUCACAAUGCAAGCCAUGUUGGAUCUUCCCACAGCAAACAGCAUCCGAACACAAAUCUACCGAGGCGUUACCCUAUGUCCAGAAGCCAGG